AUGCAUGCCUAUGUUAAGUUCACUGAUGGUGUGCAUUUGAUUUUGCCCACUUCCCUGGUAAAGAAAUUCACGCCUCGCGAUGCUGCCGACUUCGACGCGACCCGGCCGACCCGGCUGUACGAGGCCUACUGGGUUUCAGAUUCCGGCGAAGGCGAAGAUGAGGACUUCUACAACGCCAACGUUAUCCUUCUGGGCGAGAGUCUUGAUGAUCUUUUGAAGAAAAUGCAGCUGAAGCGGUACCCGAUUCCUAGGAUUUUGGAUGGUAGUGCAACGCAGAAGCAGCCUGCAAGAAAGCAUGUCCAAGACCUUGGACGAAAGGAAAAAAAGAACCGGAAGGAGAUUGGCAAGCGGUCAAGGCUUGAUGACAUCGCUGCAGAUUUUAAGAAAAAGCAAAAGACCCAGGAGACGAGGGCAGCACCUCAAGAGGAUAGGAUCCUUCGACAUCUCCUCCAGGAGAAAGAGGGCAAAAUAAAAAGACUUCAGAAAGAGCUUGCCGAGGAACAGGCUCACAGCCGGAGGCUGGGUUUGGCCCUUGCAAUGAAAAUUGAAGCUGCCUCAGAACCGCAAUGGAGGAGGCCUGGUACUUCAAGCGAGGAGCAUCUGUUGGCUGAACCACCGUCUUUUGAAGGCAUUGAACUGCUCGAAGACUCGCCAAGUCGUCUAGUAGAGGAGGUCCCCAAAAGUCCAGUGCCAUCAACCUCGUACACAGGAAACCUUUCCGGAGCGGAAAAGUCUACUGACGAACCUUCACUGGGCCGAGCUCCUUUUCCGUCAGCUGACCAGCAACCAGGAAACCUUUCCGGAGCGGAAAAGUCUACCGACCAACCUUCACUGGGCCGAGCUCCUUUACCGUCAGCUGACCAGCAACCGGGAUUCCUGCUGCCAGAGCCCGCUCUACCAUGUGCAGGCCCUGCACCACCAGUGCUGAUCAAAGGAGAUGGAAUGGUAAGUGACCAAAAUUGCUUUGAAGGAACAAUGAAGACGAAUUAG